CACAAAAAAUUAGAAUCUCGUUCUGUAUCCUGAGAAACGAAGUUCAUUUGACGCAGGGUAAUCGUACAACAGCACUCGUUACAGUGACACUGCUUACCUAAAAUCGAAUAGUACUUCUGUGAAUAACAUACCACACCAAAGAACGAAACUGCAGUGAGAAUCCACACGAAACAGGGCAAUGGAUAGAAUUUUUGGCAAGAAGAAACAGGCGGCGGCGGCCCCUAGCCUCUCUGAUACCUCGACCAAUUUGGGAGGCCGCGUCGAUGAAAUGGACAAAAAGAUUGCCGGUCUCGAGCAAGAAUUGAGGGUCUACAAGGACAAGAUCAAGAAGGCAAGAACGCCGGCGGCGAAAAACGCCGUUCAGAAACGGGCGAUGGAGGUUCUAAAGCGAAAAAAGAUGUACGAAGGCCAGCGAGACAUGGUGGCAGGACAACAAUUUAACAUCGACCAGGCGAGUUUCGGUAUCGAGAGUGCCAAGGCAAACGUUCAAACGAUUGCGGCGAUGAAGGGGGCUAACCAGGAACUAAAGAGAACAAUGAAGAAGGAUCUGAAUAUCGACGACGUUGACGAUCUAGCGGACGAUAUGGCGGAAAUGAUGGACGAAUUCAACGAGAUCAACGAGGCCCUCGGGCGGAAUUUCGCAACUCCGGAAGAUAUCGACGAAGCCGACCUUGACGCCGAGCUGGAGAUGCUGGAAGACGAAAUGUUCGAGGAGGAAGCCGAGGCUGCCGAGGCCACUCCGGCCUACCUGCAAACGAACGAAAUGCCAGAUACGCCAACUACGGAGUUGCCGCAAGCCGAGCUGGGACUGCCGGCCGUUCCCAACUAGUUUUUUCUCUUCUUUCUGAAGAAACGGAUCGAUUCAAGUUGCAAAAACUUGUUGAUGUUUCUAAAAUAUUCUUGUCAAGACAAUGUAGCGACUGGAGUCUUUCGUUUGCGUUGUGUUGUUUUUUCCUACUGGGUUUCCAAAGCAAUGGAACAAGAAUUAUGUUAUAGGAGAUGUCGCAUUACUACGUUAUAAAAUUAUAAAACUAUU